GUUGUGGUUACUAGACAGUAUGGCGACAAGUUUAGUGUUAAUUUUAUUUUAAUGUAGCGAGAAAUAAUCGAGUGUGAGAAGGCGAUUUUGUAUAUCGGUACCAUAAACCAUGGCUAAUACUGCAUUUAACAGAACUGGUGUGCAUCUUUCAGAAGAUGAUAUUGUUUUUAUUUGUAGAGCAUUGAAAGAAAAUAAUCUGAAGCUACUUUGUCUACGAGAAUGUAAAGUUGGAAAGAAAGAUUUUCAGCGCAUAUUGAAACUUGUAAGCUCUUGCCAUUCAAUACAGCAGCUGACUUUAAACGUUGGAAUGGUAACUACUAUGCAACACGUUGAACUUUUGGCCCAAUGCAUCCAUAAGAACAAAUCGCUUACUGGUCUUCAGUAAGUAACUUUAGACUUCUCCAUAUUUCUUCUUCUUCUAUAUAUUAGCUUAGGGGCCCAUUAUCAUUCUGGCUUCUAUGUAUGUAGAGGGAUUUGCAAUGUUUCUGUGCCUGGUGUUGAUGAGGAUAUUUCACUGGUUGCAACGGCUACUCAGCAAGGUCAUCUUGAACUGGGGUUUGGAAGGCCUGAGGCAAUAGAUACAAAAGUUUCAAGAGUUGUCUCUCCAACUGUUCCUUUUGGAAGCUUGUUCCAGUCCUUGAUUGUCUUUGGCAGGAACAAGGAGUUCCUGUACCAGAAACACUUAAUCACAAUAUCAAGGAUGACAAUGCUCCAUGCAAUGACUAUGCAGCUACAAGCGUCUGGAGUCAAAACACAGUACAGUAUCAGUGGCUCCCAAGCCCAAAGCCCUGCACAUAAUUUUUUAAAUCUACAAAAUAUCAAAAAUUUAAAUAAUUAUAAUUAUUCAUUUUAAUUGGUAUAUUCAAUAAUUUAUCUUUAUUUUGGAAUACAAGCAAUCAUUUACCUUUUUAUGAUGUUUCAGAAUGUCUGUAUUUGUUAGCAUGUGAUAUUCAUUUUAAUAUUUUUCAUAUAGUUAGACGUUAUUGUGACAAAAUUGUGUCUGAUUCUUCUAUCACUAUCAGCAUUUUUGUUAUAAAAUAGGGCAGUGGUCGUUACUUGUGACUACAAAGCUGAAUGUGGCUGUUUGAAAGAAUAAAUGCAGAUUUUAAAAUUUCUCCUCACACAAAAAAUUAAGCUGACCAUUGGCACAGAUAAUUAUAUUUCGUAGAAACUUGAUUAUUAGAACUUUAAACUAAUACUUGUAAAAAUGUUUUCUAAUUUUAGAUUUACACAAAAGGCCUAGGACCACAAUGUUUUAUUAAUUACUAAAAAUAAAAGGUUCUUAUACUACUUCGGAUUCUAACUUAUGCUUAGACUAUUUAUGAAUGAUUUCCACAAUAGCUAUGACAGAAACCAGAAGCAACUGGCAUAUGGAAUGCAGUCUACUGUACCUCAGUUUCUAAGUUUAGACCACAAUACAUUCAAUUAUUCACUGCUGCAGAGACAGAAUGUCACUUUGAAUGUAUCAAUAGUACUGAACAAAGUUCCAAUCAACAAUGCCAUUUUGGAUAUGUGCAAAGAAAAAUUAUUAUUUCAUGUUUUUUUCUUUUAAAUAACCAAAUAAAUUCAGUUAGAAUCAUGUAUGAGAUGUAUAAUGUUGAAAAAAUUAUACAUAUAUAAAGCAUGCAUGACCAAGGGAUAUAAUGGCCCUAAUAGACUUUAUAGAAUCCUUGCUAGUGGGGUUGUACAGUUAAUACAGAACAUUUUUAAAGUAUCAUAUUAAUCAUAAAUAGGUAAAGAUUAUUUGAUAUGCUUUCUAUUCUUGAUUAAUAAGUCUACAUUUUGCAAAUGACUCAUUACCAUUUUAAGUAGAUUAUUUGUUGAGGAUCCUGUGUGAUAACUUCAAAACUGAUAAGGAUAGAAUUUUUCACCCUCUGAUUACUAAGCAAACCCUUACUUUUUCUUCAGCAUCCAUGGCAGUGAACUUGGAGAUAUUGGAAUGCAAAUUCUAGGACGAGCUUUAAGUCUUCACCCCGGUGUUGUGUCUUUAGAUGUUGGUGACUGCAAACUUGGUGACUUAUCUAUUGAUGUCAUUUAUUCACUUAUGCUGCCAUUCAAUAACAGGCCUGGUAAGUUAUGUAAAAAGUAGUAUAAUAAAGAAGAAAACAACCCACUCAGACAGCUGACAGCUUUUCAAGGUGAUCAGAGUUUCUCAAGAUUCCCAGUUUUAAAUUUAAAAUUUAACUCACAAUUUUUAAAAAUAAUUUAUUAAAUUAUUUCACUAAAAAAAAAAUAUUCAAUUAAUUUUUUCUUUGUGUAAGGGUAACAUUUGCAAGAAAAACGUAUUACAAUUGAACUAAUUAAUCCACUACUUAUUCACCAACAUUUGAUGUAAUUCUUUGUUACAUAUUCAAAGGGGUAUAACUCCUUAAAGAAAUGUAUACAAAAACUUGAUAAGUCAUUGAUUUAAACAUAUUUUAAAGUAUAAAAAAUAAUUAAAUGGAAUUUAUUUUUUAAAAAAAGUCUUUAAAAAGUGCUUUUCUGUUUUAUCAUUUUUUUUGCAUUUGAAAGUAUUACAAUUACAGUCAUAACUUUUUAUACCAGUGGACUUUGUUAUGUUACUUCUGAGUAGAAAUGAUGUUUUUUUGUUUUCAAUAUUAGUUUAAGCUCAACUGUACAUAUAUCAAGAGAAGAUACACAUUCAAUCUUUAUAAAACCAAGUUGAUUCAAUCUUUGCCAAGAAUUUUACUAAAAAUGAGAAUAGAAAUGGAGGGAAAUUGAGGACCACUACUGUACAGCACUGAUUAAUUUUCUUACUUUCAUCAUCUUAUUAGGUAUAACUGAACUAACUUUAAGUGAUAAUCCGCGCAUAAGUGCCUUAGGAUGGGCUCAGUUUGCCAUGUGCCUUGCCAAUUGCAAUUCUUUGCGCUGGCUUUUCUUGGACUACAAUCAACUGGGUGACUAUGGUGCAAGUUGCAUACUUAUUGGCAUGGCAGCUAGUCAGUCCAUAGAGAUUUUAGACAUGGAGGGUUGUGGACUUACUGAGCAUACUGGACAGGUGAGCAUUAUAUGGUGGUAAAAAAAAUCUGUAAAAUAUUUAGUAAUACACAUAUUCACCUACGAUACAAGACAUUGUGGUGGAGAUGGUGAUCUUAAGAGCUUAUGAUGAUGAGUUAUUGUAACUUAAUUGUUUAAAUGAUGAGUUAUCUUAACUUAAUUGUUUGAAUUACUUAACAAAUGCUGAGUGGUAUUUGUAUUAUAUUAUUAUAGGCAAUUUUACAUCUUGUCCAAAACCACCUUGGCAGUCUCAGUAGAAUUAAGCUGAGCAGUAAUAGAAUACGCAAGUCAACAAUAGAGGCCAUUCGGAAACAUUUGAGUGAGAACCAUUUGGAUGACUCAGAUGGUGCAUCAAGUGUCACUGUUGAUGAAAUAUUUUCUCUCAACGAAUCCAGGGUGAGUACUGGUACUUAAUAAAUCAAUAAUAAUCAUGCAAAAAUAUAUAUACCUAAGAAAGAAAAAAAAAGUUAAAACACAAAUCUCACGAAAGUAGUGUUGCUAUAUUAAUGAUUUGUUUCUUUAAAAUAUCUCUUUGGCAGGUGAAAAGUUCAAAGAAGCUUUCAAAGAGACAUAGGUCAUCAUCUUCAUCAUCAUCGUCUUCAUCAUCAUCUUCAUCAUCAUCGUCUUCAUCAUCAUCUUCAUCAUCAUCAUCAUCAUCCAGCUCAAGCAGCAGCAGUGGUGAUUCUGAUGACAGUUCUAAUAAUGACUCUGAUAGUCAGAAGAUGAAGAAAAAAGUUGACAAAAAGGAUGGUAAGAAAGAUAAAGGCAAGAAGGACGAAAAGAAAAACAAAGCUGAUAAAGAUAAAGAUCAAAAUGGUCAUGCUGAAAAAAAUAAUGAUAGUAAAAGAAAGGAUAAUAAAGUGGAUAAAAAGAAGAAGGAAGAAGUUAAAGGUGAAGAAAAUGAAGGGAAAAAAUCAAAGAAAAAGGGGGAGGAGAAAACUUUAGAAAAAGGUAAA